CCAGAGUUUCAGUAAAUGGCGGUGGGAGCUGGUUUGAAGACAAGCCUCAGGAGCAAAGUGAAGGUGUCGGCUGGAAGGUUUAGGGAAACUGGGAAUGUUGCUAGAAUUAUUGAUGGAAAAAAGCAUGGGAGCAGAUAUAGUGUCAAAAGAAACAGUAAGAGGUAUGAGUCGGAUGAGACUAUAUCUGACACUGAACCUUAUCAGAGAAAUAGAAGGGAUAAGAGUGUUGAAUCAUCUUUAGAGAUAGAUGGAACUAAAUCUACUAAUAGAUACGAAGGACGCAAAAGUGGUGAAACAUCAGCUGACAAGCUCAGAGUGAAAGGGAAGAAGAUAGAUGGGAUUGUAGAUGGAACUAAAUCUACUAAUAGAUACAAAGGACGCAAAAGUGGUGAAACAUCAGCUGACAAGCUCAGAGUGAAAGAGAAGAAGAUAGAUGGAACUGUAUCUACUAAUAGACACAAAGGUGAUGCUGAGGAUGAAGUAUUGGGUAAAGAUGGCAAAAGCAAAGAAAAAUCGAAUCAGUUUGCUGAGAAGAAGCAAAUUAGGCUCCAAACACGAGUGCUUGACAAAACUGGAAAGAAGAUGAGAAUUAAUAGAAAGGCAUCAGGUGAUGGCUCUGCAGAAUCAAGUGCUCCACCAAAGAAGAGAAAGCGGGUUAUUAAAAUCGAUCCAUAUGAUAUCUCCAACAAGCGAUUAGACGAUACUAUUCCUAAUAAUGAGAUGGUUGUAGAGAAAAAGACUGAAAUGUCAAAGAAUGCUCAGUUUCGUGCUAUACAGCCAAGCCCCUCAAUCCUCUCAUUUGUGGAAGACAAUCUAUUGGGCCGUAGGCGAUUGAAUGAACUACAAAAUGCUGGCUACAACAUCAAGCUCUCUGCUCCUUUAGAUAAUAUCCCCUUCUCAACCAGCAAAGAAAGAGAGCGAAUUGAAGAAAGUGUGUUCAGAAAUAAGUUGGAAUUUUUUGCUGCUGCAAAGAUCUCUUCUUCUUUUCCACCUCCUAUGAUUGCAGAGAUAGCAUUUGCAGGUAGAUCAAAUGUUGGAAAAUCUUCAUUGCUAAAUGCACUCACUAGACAGUGGGGAGUAGUAAGGACAUCAGAUAAGCCUGGACUUACUCAGACCAUUAACUUUUUCAAGCUUGCCUCAAAGCUUUGUUUAGUUGAUUUGCCUGGAUAUGGUUUUGCUUAUGCCAAAGACGAAGUCAAAGAAGCCUGGGAGGAGCUUGUGAAGGAGUAUGUGUCCACACGAGUUGGUCUGCAAAGGGUGUGCCUUCUUGUUGAUACCAAAUGGGGUAUGAAACCAAGGGAUCAUGAGCUCAUUGAUUUAAUGGAGAAAUCCCAAACACCUUACCAAAUUGUGUUAACCAAGACUGAUAUUGUCUUCCCUAUUGAUGUGGCUCGGCGUGCAAUGCAAAUUCAGGAGGACCUCAAGAAAAACAAGUCAGUUGUUAAUCCUAUGAUGAUGGUGAGCUCAAAGUCAGGAGCUGGUAUUCGUAGCCUGAGGACCGUGCUUGCAAACCUGGCUCGUUUCAUCAAGCCAUAGCUUCCAACAUGCAGCAUUUGAAAUGAAUGGAUUCAUCUUGACGGUUGAUUGCAUGCAUUUCACUGAAGGGAAUGAUGCUGAUAUUGGUGAAGCAUAUGCUGAAGGGUGGUUCGGCAGGCGAUCUGUUCUGGAUUCUGGACAUGUGUGGAUAUGGCGAGCGGGCGCUACUUGUGGAGGACUCUGGUCUCCCCGACUUCUGCUUCUGAAAAGAAGCAGAGCUGAUCCCAACUGGAAGAGGUUUUUCCUCUGCUGUUCUUUUCCUUUCUCUCAGAUGUUGUAAUAAUGAUUGUUCAAUUCUUACGUGGAAUCAAGAAUCAGGUCUAUGUGUAGCUGAGACAGUUAUCAAUUCCAUGCAAAUUUGGAGAUGAAAGAACUUUUUUUAUGCGAGACUUUCGAACAAUUUGGAUUAUCCUGGUCAUUUUUCAAGAAUUUUAUUAUGCUGUA